GCGGGGUUAGAGCUGGGGGGAGAAAAAAAAAACCCUCAGAUAUCACACUCCACCACAUCUUGCGAAAGAACCCUGGAUUGAAUUGAGUUGGAACGAGAUGCAUUAGACUAGAGGAAUGGAAAUUAUCUCUCAAGGUUGUAGUGUUCUGCUCAAUACAGAGCGGUGUUUAAACCCAGCCCUUCACCUUUCCGGACACAGCCCCAGCCUUCUGCGCGGACAAGCGCGUUUGGUGCAGUAAUUCUCUGCUGCUUGAACAUAGCAAACUUUUGGAUCACAUCACAUCACAUCACAUCACAUCACAUCACGUAGAGCAGUCGGGAGGGAGGGAAUGAAAGUCUGUUCCGUUCCUCUCCCGGUUUUCGGAGAGCACUGCAGGAGGAAAUCACGUUUGCAGCUGAUAAUGCGUGGAGCUCGAGCUUCGAUAUGAAACAAUAAUCAUUUCUCCCCAAUCCACUACUGCACUCACUACCUACUGGAUAUCUUAAUAGCGCACAGACGGUGGAAAAAAAGAGAGCUUUUUUUGUUUUUGUUUUUUUUUUGUUGUUGUUCUUGUGUUUGCUUCUGUCACACGGGCGCCUUUUCAGUCCUCAGCGUUUUAAACCCAUCAUGACGUCUCCGGCGAAAUUCCGAAAAGACAAGGAGAUUAUAGCCGAAUAUGAAGCUCAAGUCAAAGAGAUCCGGGCUCAGCUGGUAGAACAGCUCAAAUGUCUGGACCAGCAGUGCGAGCUCCGUGUGCAGCUCCUCCAGGACCUGCAGGACUUCUUCCGCAAGAAGGCCGAGAUCGAAAUGGACUACUCGCGCAAUCUGGAGAAACUGGCUGAGAGGUUCCUGGCCAAGACACGCAGCACCAAGGACCACCAGUUCAAGAAGGAGCAGAAUGUGUUGUCUCCGGUGAACUGCUGGAACCUGCUGCUGACUCAGGUGAAGCGUGAGAGUCGUGACCAUGCCACCCUCAGCGAUCUCUACCUCAACAACAUCAUACCACGCUUUGCCCAGAUCAGCGAGGAUUCUGGACGCCUCUUCAAGAAGAGUAAAGAGGUGGGACUUCAGCUGCAGGAGGAUUUGAUGAAGGUCCUCAAUGAGCUGUACACGGUAAUGAAGACGUACCACAUGUACAAUGCGGAUAGCAUCAAUGCUGAGAGCAAGCUGAAGGAGGCAGAGAAGCAGGAAGAGAAGCAGAUGGGACGAGGGGCACGCCAAGAGGAGCGCCAAACACCACGCUCGCCUGACACACUCGCCAGCGUCAGGCUCGACGACAAGCCUGUUCGCCGGAGCUCUGUGAAAAAGAUCGAGAAGAUGAAGGAGAAGCGCCAAGCCAAAUACACUGAGAACAGGCUGAAAGCCAUCAAGGCUAGGAACGAGUACCUGCUGGCUCUGGAGGCGACCAACUGCUGCGUGUUCAAGUACUACAUUCAUGACCUCUCCGACCUCAUUGACUGCUGUGACCUGGGCUACCAUGCCAGCUUGCACCGGGCUCUGCGUACCUACCUCUCUGCUGAGUUUAACGUGGAGACGUCGAAGCACGGCGGCCUGGAGACCAUUGAGAAUGCAGCGGAGAACCUCGAGGCCCAGGCUGACAAACAGAGACUAAUGGAGACCUACAACAACACCUUCUGCCCUCCCAUACGCUUUGACUUCCAGUCUCAUAUGGGGGACCAGAUGGGCUACAUGUGCGCUCAGCAGCCACUACAGGGAGAACUUCUGCAGAGGUGCCAGCAGCUCCAGUCUCGUCUUUCCACACUCACGAUAGAGAAUGAGGAGGUGAAGAAGACCAUGGAAGCGACUCUGCAGACCAUUCAGGACAUGGUGACCAUCGAGGACUUUGAUGUGACUGACUGCUUCCACCACAGCAACUCCAUGGAGUCAGUGAAGUCCACAGUGUCUGAGUCGUUCAUGAGCAAACCGAGCCUGGCCAAGAGACGAGCCAAUCAGCAGGAGACUGAGCAGUUCUACUUCACGAAACUGAAGGAGUUCCUAGAGGGCAGGAACCUCAUUACCAAACUGCAGGCCAAGCAUGACCUUAUCCAGAAGACCCUGGGAGAGAGUCAGAAGACUGACUAUUGCCUUGCCAGCGGACGGAGGAACUCGACCGCGAGAAAACAGGAAUCUGCUCAGGUCAUACCGCUGAUCGUGGAGAGCUGCAUUCGCUUCAUCAGCCGACACGGCCUGCACCAUGAGGGUAUUUUCCGAGUGUCUGGCUCACAAGUGGAGGUCAAUGACAUUAAGAAUGCAUUUGAGAGGGGUGAGGAUCCUCUGGCUGGAGAUCAGAAUGAUCAUGACAUGGACUCCAUUGCCGGCGUCCUCAAACUCUACUUCAGAGGCUUGGAAAACGCCCUCUUCCCAAAGGAGGUCUUCCAUGACCUCAUGGCCUGUGUCUCCAUGGAGAAUCUCCAGGAUCGAGCUGCCCACAUUCGCAAGGUCCUUCUGUCUCUUCCCAGCAACACCCUGGUCAUCAUGCGCUACCUGUUUGCGUUCCUCAACCAUCUUUCCCAGUACAGUGAGGACAACAUGAUGGACCCCUAUAACCUGGCCAUCUGCUUCGGCCCCACACUCAUGUCUGUCCCUGAGGGUCAUGACCAGGUCUCUUGUCAGGCCCAUGUGAACGAGCUGAUCAAGACUAUCAUCAUCCACCACGAGAGCAUCUUCCCUGGGCCACGGGAGCUCGAGGGCCCUGUGUACGAGCGCGGAGGAGCCACUGAAGAAUACUGUGAUGGCCAACACAACGAGCCCCCCCUAGUGGACGAACCAGCACCUGAUACCGUCUCGGACACCCAUAACAGCGAUGAUGGCUCGUUGAACGUUUCAGAGUCGGACCCCAUCGAGGCCAUCGCACGCUUCGACUACUCGGGCCGUAACAACCGUGAGCUCUCGUUUAAGAAGGGCGCCUCGCUGCUGCUCUACCAGCGUGCUUCUGACGACUGGUGGGAGGGGCGACACAACGGCGUCGACGGCCUCGUGCCCCACCAGUACAUCGUUCUCCAGGACGUUGCGGAUGGUGGUUACACAGGUCGAGGCAGUCCAAAAGCUGACCUAGAGGGUCCCCAUGAUGGAGUAGAGGAGAAAGUGUCUACCAGAGGCAAUGCCAGCUCUCCCAUUGGAGGCCAUGUAGCUGAUAUCUAUCUGGCCAAUCUCAACAAGAUGAGGAAGCGUCCAGAAUCCAGUGGAAUCCGUAGAACGUUCCGGCCGGUAGACGGCACCGGCGAGGGCUUGUCCGUACCCACGGGAGGUCUGAGAGGCACUUCGUUGCCUGCAGCUGCGUUGCCCAAAGAGGGCACAGACAAGCGGCCACUGAGCGCCCACAGUGUCCUCAACUCCAUCACCCGCCACUCAUCCCUCAAAGCCAAGGUGGAGAGCCCUCAGUUCCGCAGAGGCACCCCUGCUGGACGCUCCAAGAGUUUUAGCAACCAUCGACCUCUCGACCCCGAAGUGUUCUCACAGGUUGAGCACAGCUCACAGGAAAUCCAGGCGACCAUGAGCACGGCACUGAGUGAACUGCAAGAUCUGGACAAGAAGAGCAGCAUGAAGCCGGCGCCUGACGUUGUGCUCGACACUCUGGAGCAACUGAAGAGCGGCGGAGCCUCCGAGCCAUCCAGCCCGCUGCACUCCCGUCCACUCCAGCACCAGCUCCAGUGCCCACUCCAGCGCAGCGCCAGCUCGGCCAGUGAUGUGCCCUCCGCCUCACGCCCGGUCAAGAGCCCAGCACCUAAGAGCCCUCUGUCCUCAGGAAUGACGGCCACUGCACUCUCUCCUUCCACUUCCACUUUCCGAGAUAACCGGCCGCCAGCCACCAGACCCAAACCUGCAGUCUUCCCUAAAAGUAGCAGCACCAGCAGCACCACUAGUAUCCCUCCAUCUCCCCCACCACCUCCUCCACCUACCGAUAAAUCCUGCCCGGCUUGAGAAAUCCGUAAAACCUUGCUUUAUCGUGAUUCCAGAAUCCAGCCGCUGUUUGAUCCUGAUUAGUCAGUGGAGGGAUAAAUAACUAACCUCGUUUAAUUAAUCCAUUAUGUACCGUAACCUCAAUUCUGAAAUGCAGUGUGUGGAUGUGAGUGUGUGUAUUGUCUGUGUGUGGUCCACAUGCACAUGGUGGGAUUUUUCAGCACUGUUGAAAACCCAAGAAAAAAAAUUCUGGCUGGGACGUGAACACUCUCGAUCCCUCUUUAUAAUCUAGGUUUAGUGAUUUAUUAUUAUUUUUUAAAGGGUUGUGAAUUGGAUUGGAUUAUUUUAGAAAAUAUGUAGCUGUGAAUAACUCUUAAGUUCCUUUCACUCUCUCUCACUUUAUACUUAAAUACUUACUCUCGAGGGAGCUGGACUUUACUUGUGCCAUGACGGAAACUGAACGUUACCGCAAUACUCUACUACGGACUCCAUAGCAUCGUGCUGGGGGAAAUAAUGUAUCUGUGUAUUUAUAUGCAGCUUUUUUAAGUACUGAGAUUGUGUCCAUGUUUUCGUCAGGAUAAGCGAUGUUGGCUUGUAUCCUCCUCACAUUGGAUAUACCUGCAUUUGGAAUUCAGGAUAAAGCCCAAAUGCUUCAAUACUUCUUCUCUGUAGGAAUUCCAGCAUGGCAACUUGCUUGCACUACUUUCUCUUGAAAAGUAAUACUACUUUCUUAAUGAUAACUGUUAAUGCUAACUUUUUUUAACACUGAUCAGCAGUUGUGAUAUAUAACUUUAGCCUGUUGGCCGAGAACUAUUAUUAACCAUUUAUCCACAAGCACCUGGCAAGGUCUCAGGACAAAAAAACAAAAAAAGGAAGUAGCAUCUCGCCUUAUUGUAUAACAUGAAGAGCAGCACUGUCGGAUAGUGUCGGUUUUUGAUCUUCACUUCACACCCACCAUAUCUUAUCUAGUUGAAUCAGUAGAAAACAAGUGGGCGGGAUCAUGGUGGUUUUUUGUCAGUAAAAAAAAAAAAAAAGGAGGCGCUGCUUACUACUAAGUAGCGCUCACAUUGAACUUUUGGCUUUCUGUUUUCUUACUUGUGCUUGGCCCCCAUAUGGAAAAAAAUAGAUAGCUAAUGUUACUUCUAAAUUCCCUCCAAAAUCACAUGCCCUCAGGAUAAUAGUGUGGCGAAAAUCCUGCACAAAAGUGGCCAAACGUUCAUGUAACUUGUCAGUCAGUACCUUUACAUGGACGACAAUAAUCCGAUAUUAACCCAGUUGAGACGACACUCUGAUUAAGAAACUACCAUGUAAACUGUGAUUAUUGAUGACCUUAAUCCGACUACAGUCAUACUCGAAGUAAACAUAAAUGGAAUUAUGACGUGUGGAAUAUUCCUGUUUUAGUCGCAUUAUGGAAGUGCAUUAUAGACAUGUACACACCUUAAUCACAUUAUUAACAUCGUGUGGGAGUUUUCACCGCAUUUUGCGACAGGACACAUACACACACGGCAGUGCUCAACCGUUUGACGGCAAACAAGAGACCACGGCUGCGUCCAAAACCGCGUACUUACCUACUAUAUAGUAGGAGAAAUACAUGUAUUCCAACUACUAUAUAGUAGGUAAGUACGCGGUUUGGGACGUAGUCCACGGCUUCAAGCAGUCUUCUAUUAGCACGUAUAGCACGAUAAAUAAUUAACUACACUUGAAGCUUACGUAAAAUUAAAAAUGAAACACUCAGAACUGUAUACGGUACCAUAACGAAGAUGACCUGUAUGUUGAUACGUGAAAUUCUGGAGGGAACAUUGAACAGCGUGGCGUGGGGACGUAAUGACGUGUGCCAUUAAUCCAUCUAUGUUCUAUAACAUGUAAAAAGGGGAACAUGAAAGGAAUAUCCUAAAAGUAACUCAUAUAAACACCUUAAUCAGAAUAUUGUCUUAUUCAGAAUAAUGUCAAUAAUUAGAUUACUGCUGUCCAUGUAAAAGUAGUCACUGUCACGUGACCAAUCAGUCUGAUGCUACAAAAAAUGCCCGAGUCGGAGAAUUUGACAUCUGAUUCAGUUGGUAGAUAAAAUUGUGAGAUUAUUUGAAACAGCAGGUGAAACACCAAACUCUAAUGGAAUUGCACACCAGUCAAUAGAAGAGACCUCAAGACACUGGCGGCAUCCUUACCUGACAGGAUUCAGCUCUAUUACUGGGCCGAUAUGCAGCGUAACCAAGUAUUAAGGGGGAAAAAAAUUACACAGCCGACCAAUUUUUGUCCAGGGAGCAACUUUUUUGCCUUUAUACCUCCCAGCUUGACUAUACAGCAAAUCUUAAAACUUGCAUGGUGCAUAAGGUAAAGCUUCACUGCUUCUCAAACCUUUCCAUUCUUAUACCAGAUUCACAAGCACUUCUUCAUAGCUUACUCUUCAUAUUUCUCCUACAGUUCCUUAUCAGUAGACAUAAUCCAGCAGAACAGAGGGUAUUUCUGUGUAUACCUGUAAUUAUUAAGAUUUAGAUUAUAACUGGAAAAAAAAUGCUAAAGUGAGGAAUGUCUUGUAAAUUUGGUGACGUAUUGAUGCAAAAAAAAAUAAUAAUAAUGGUUUCCUUCUGCCUUACCUGAAUUUAUUUACAAUUCUCGUGGGCCUUGCGUUUGCAUCAUGCUAAUUGUGUAUCUGUAAGUAUGUUUCUAUGUAUGUUUAUAUGUAUGUAUAGUGUAAACCUCCUAAUGGAGGCAGUUCGUUGAUAUUUGAUCAAAACUUUAAACAGUCCACGGGAUUUGACUGUGGAUAUACAGAUUUACGAAAUGGCAGACACUUUUCUUAGUCUUUAUGUGAAAAUUAAGGAUGAGAGCACGCCCUAAACUGGGAUCAGGUUAAUCCAACUCCUCAGUUUUUAGGAUUUAUCUCAGUGUUGUUAGAGUUACUGUCAGCCCAAGAUUUUUUGGAUUGGAGAUUUUGUGACAAACCAGUCUUCUGCAUGUUUAUAUAUUUCCCCAGAUCUCUUAACUACAUAAAAUUGCCAGGCCGUUUUAUCUCAAAUCUGCGCCUCUUUCUCAGUUCAUCUAAUCUAUGUAUGCUUUUUAAAGAUUUUUCCCGAGACACCUUGACUAUUUACAAGUCUUGAUGUGGUGGAUGGGAGUAAAAAUAAUGUUGGGUGUGUGUUUUGAAGUCAGGAAGAAAAAACAUGCAUGGGGCCAGUUGAUUUUUUUUCAAUAAUUUUUCUUUUUUCAAGGGCAAUGAAGACCCAUUUAUUAAAAGCCUUAACAGCAUGGAAAUGGUGAGAAAUGCCUAGAAACUCUUCCAACCUGAAAGACCAGGAAAAAAAAAAAAUCAGCAACUUAGCGAAGCGAAAUUUUAAGAGGUCAUCUUUUCUAGGAAAACUUUUUGGAUGUUAUUUUGUUCUGUGUUGUGUUGCAAUUCUCUACAUGUCUUAACUGGUGAAUUAGGUAUAUCUCUGUGUGCUAUGAUUGGAAAUUUACUCUUUGUGUUGUUCCUAAUACCUCAUAAAAGGCAACUGGAAACCAAAUUGGAAUGAAAAAAAGAAAAAAAAGAGGCAUUAACAUGCAUAAAACAUAAUUAACUCAUGCAAAGUGCUUGGUGAGAUGUUCUGUCUUAAUGUGUAACUUUUUUUUUUACUGUGCUGUUGGCUGAAGUCUCAGUUUACAUAUUACACACAUCUUUAUAUUUUCAAGUCUGCAAUUUUAAACCCGAUUCUUAAUUUGCACUUGAAUCUGCAUUGUAUGUUGGUGAACAGAUUGAGCGAGGGUUUGCUUUUUUUUUUUAUCGUAACUAUUGUUAAAUGUGUAUUUCCUAUCCAUUUUAAACAAGGCUGUAAAAUGAACUGUUUUGUCAGAGGUAUUUAUAGUCGUCCAUUCGAGUAUAUGUUAAUGAGAGAAACCUGUGUUCAGAUGUACUUUGUAUAUACAAUGGUGUACAUUACAGAGGUACAUUCUUUCUCUUUGGUUUUCUUUCUUUCUUUCUUUCUUUCUUUUUGGAGAGGGGAGGGGUACAGGAUUGUACAGUAAUAGCAAUAGUAGUUUACUCUCAAAUACACCUUAUAUAAUUCCAUGCAUAGUUCUUGUAGUAAACAUUUUUUUAAUAAACCGCUUGCUAUACA